GCUCGCUCACACGCUGAUUGUCAGUCUGUGAGUUUCUUCGUCUGAUAUUAUUGAAGAUGGAGGAGGACAGAGAAUCUCCACCACUGCAAGAUGCUGCUCAGACGGGCUUUACAGAGCUGGAGGAUGAGGAGGAUCUGUUCGUCAGCACCGUGAGCGAGAUGCAGGCCAGUCCGACAUCUCCAGAACCUGCUCACCUGCCGACAGAAGACAUCAGCAGCAGCUCUAAUGGACCCAAACAUCAGGAGAUCUUAUUAGACGACGAUCAGGAUGACCUGUUUGCUGAAGCCACUGAGGAAGUGUCACUGGACAGUCCAGAGCACCAGCCAAUCCUGUCAGACGGCCCGUCGCCCGCCAUCACCCCGGUCUCACCCACCAUCAUGAUCAACCCGAGAGUGGACGCGGGCAUGUUCGACCGAUCGCCGGAUGAGGAUGAAGAUGAUGAAGAAAACAGGGAUAAAUUUGACAUCCAGAUAUCCGUGUCUGACCCUGAGAAAGUUGGUGACGGCAUGAAUGCGUACAUGGUCUAUAAAGUGACGACCAAGAGCAGCCGCUCCAUCUUCAGCAGAGACGAGUUCUCAGUCAAGAGGAGAUUCAGUGAUUUUCUGGGAUUACACAGUAAAUUAGCCUCAAAGUACAUACACGUGGGAUACAUUGUGCCCCCUGCGCCAGAGAAAAGCAUUGUGGGAAUGACGAAGGUCAAAGUUGGAAAGGAUGAUUUGUCAUCUGUCGAGUUUGUAGAGAAAAGAAGAUCUGCUUUGGAAAGGUAUCUGAUGCGGACGGUCAAACACCCCGCGCUGCUCAAAGACCCGGAUGUUUUACAGUUUCUGGAGAGUUCAGAGCUGCCGCGAGCGGUUAGCACACAGGCGCUGAGCGGAGCCGGCAUAUUGAGGAUGGUAAACAAAGCGGCCGACGCUGUCAACAAAAUGACAAUCAAGAUGAAUGAAUCGGAUGCGUGGUUUGAGGACAAACAGCAGCAGUUUGAGAAUCUGGAUGUUCAGCUGAGGAAACUUCAUGCCAGCGUGGAAUCACUCGUGUGCCACAGGAAGGAGCUGUCUGUGAACACGGCGUCGUUUGCGAAGAGCACCGCGAUGUUGGGAAACUCGGAGGAUCACACGGCGCUGUCGCGGGCGCUGUCUCAGCUCGCCGAGGUGGAGGAGAAGAUCGAUCAGCUCCAUCAGGAACAAACAUACGCUGAUUUCUACCUGUUUACUGAGCUGCUGGGGGAUUACGUCCGACUCAUCACUGCAGUCAAAGGCGUGUUUGACCAGCGGAUGAAAACGUGGUCCAAAUGGCAGGACGCUCAGGUGAUGCUGCAGCGCAAGAGAGAAGCUGAAGCCAAACUACAGUACGCCAACAAACCCGACAAACUCCAACAGGCCAAAGACGAAAUCAAGGAGUGGGAAGGUAAAGUACAGCAGGGGGAAAGAGAUUUCGAGCAGAUAUCAAAAAACAUCCGUCGAGAGGUGAGCAGGUUUGAGAAAGACCGAGUGAAGGAUUUCAAACUCGUCAUUGUUAAAUACCUGGAUUCUCUAGUUCAUACACAACAGCAGCUAAUAAAAUACUGGGAGGCGUUCUUACCUGAAGCCAAAGCUAUCGCGUAAUCGGACACAACUUCCCUCGACAUCUUUAUUCUACAUUAUGAUCAUGGGCUGCACACACAUCAUUAAACACUAAUUAGCACUACAAUAAACACAAUAUGAAUCUUUCCAUACUUUGUACCUUUCUGGUGUGUAAAGAUCAGCGUUAUGAUUUAUUCAGCUCUUGAGAUAACACACUUCCGCUGAGGGUCACCAGAGGUCAUGCUCUCUGUUUUGGGUUUAAUGCUCAUUUGACAUUUCUUAUCAAUGAAGGAAAAAUAUAAUUCAAAUAAAAUGUCAUUAUCUCUGAUUUAAUGUUGUAAUAGGCAAUGAUCCGAAAGGGGAACGCCUUCUGAAGCAGAAUGUUUUUUCUUGUAUGUAAAGAAUGACCGCAUUAGUACUCGCAAUCAGAAUUUAAGAGUAUUAAUAAUCAUUAAUUGGUCGGCUUCUCAUCAUGCGCUCUGGACCAGUUGCUACUUGCAUCGACGUAUAUACAGUACAUAUGUGUAUUUUUUUGAUUUUGCUUUGUUGCCUGAAUUUUUAUUAAGUUUGAAGAUUUCAGUUGAUUCAUUGUACUAACAGAUUUUUUAAUCACAAGUAUUUUUACUCUACAUUCCUGUUCAACAAUAUGUGAAAGCUAAUAAAGAAUCA